CCCGCCGGAAGCGGGCGCGGCGGGGCCGCCGGUGCCGGUGCGGCCGCCAUGGAGUUCCCGGACCUGGGCGCGCAUUGCUCCUGGCCCGCCUGUCAGCGCCUGGACUUCCUACCCCUGAAGUGCGAUGCCUGCGAGCAGAUCUUCUGCACCGACCACAUCGCUUAUGCCCAGCACGACUGCACCUCUGCCUACAAGAAGGAUGUGCAGGUCCCAGUGUGUCCCCUCUGCAACACCCCAGUCCCUGUGAGGCGGGGAGAGAUGCCUGAUGUUGUGGUGGGUGAGCACAUUGACCGUGACUGCAAGUCCGAUCCUGCACAGCGCAAGCGCAAGAUCUUCACCAACAAGUGUUUGAAACCUGGCUGCAAGCAGAAGGAGAUGAUGAAGGUGAUCUGUGACCAGUGCCACAAGAACUACUGCCUCAAGCACCGGCACCCCCUGGACCACGACUGCAGCGGGGCAGGGCGUCCCCUCUCCAAAGCAGGGCAUGCUGCAGUUACGAGAGCCCAGGCAUCCUCCUCCAAAAUAGUCACUGCAUCAAGCAGUGGAGCUGCCCAGCCAGCAGACAGCUCCUCUUCUCCAGCCUUUGCCAGGGGAGGCAGAACAGGUGCAUUGCAGAGUCGUAGCACCUCCCCUCCAGCUGCCAUGCUGCUGAAUGGGCUGAGUGAGGAAGAGGCACUGCAACGAGCUCUGGAGAUGUCGCUGGCAGAGUCAGCAGGCAGCUCAGUGCAGCCACCCAGCAGCACACAGGAGGAGGAGGAUCUGGCACUGGCCCAGGCACUGUCAGCGAGCGAAGCCGAGUACCAGCAGUCGCAGCGGCAGGCACACAGUUCAAAGCCAUCGAACUGCAGCAUGUCAUAGGCCGGAGAGGCAGGGUGUGCCAGCAGACACGAGAUCCCGCUUGUGACCCAAGGAGUGGCUCUAGCCUCCCAUGUGGAUGCUGUGGGGUUCUGGCCUGGGCACUGGUGACAAGAGCCCUUCACCAGGGACAGCUCAUCUCCCUGAGAGCUGUAAGCCACGGAACACAUGCUGGCACCUCAGCCCUAGCACCUGUAUAAAAUUAGUGCAGCAAAUCACUGAUACUCCUGGGGAAAUGAAGACGGUGCAGGACGAGGCUGAGCACACAUUGACCAAAGCAGGCAGCAGCCCAGGGUCUGCACUUACCCACUGCUGCCACAGCCAUGUCACAACGCUGAUGGGACUGUGGAGUGAGGGCAGAGCCACAUGGGGACAUCUCCGCAUGCUCGGACAUACAGCUGCCGGGAUGCAGCUACCCACUGCAGUAGCAGGGGGCUGGAUUUCAUGCUCUGGGGAGGGCCCUGCCAGUCCCUCAGCAAAGAACUGUAGCUGGGAUGGUCUCUUGCCUGGACACAGCACAGCUGAAUGUGCAGCCUCCCAGUAGUGUGAAGGCAGCCGCUUCCCUGCUUCCCACACCCUCGGUGCCUCCCUGCUGUUUGCAUGCACAAGAGCAUGUUGGGCCUUACCCCACUUGGCUGGGGCACAGGACCUCUCUGAGACUGAAUGGAGCUGUGUUUCCUUUCUGGUUUAAUAUAACAAGGGCCAUUAACUGAAAA